AUGGUAAUUAAUGGGACCUGCUUUACCCUCCAAGCUGCGGGCAUCAAAGCGAGGCUUUACCGUAGAACUAAUUCCCGAGAUCCUCCACAAUCCCCAUACUAUGACCCAACCAAAACUCAGAGUGAAAGGUUGCAUGGAGACUUACGACUUUUCUUGUCACGAGCCAAAUAUCUCUCCCUGAGGGCUAAUCGAAAAGCCGAGCCUGUUUCUGAGAUAUUUGAUGAGGGUCCAGUAUUUGAUCCUUCACGCUCCUCGACAUAUCAAGACAUUUCUUGCAGCUUGAGCGAGUCCAAGUCGCUACCUAAUGCUAAAUGUGAUCAUACUUCAGGAAAGAUAUGUCAAUACGGCGAGACUCAUACUGGUGGAACAUUCACAGGAGGUAAUGCGGCAAGGGAUACGGUUAGUUUGAUGUCAACAUCUGGCAAGCUCAUUUCAUUUCCUAAAAUCAUAAUUGGAUGUGGCCAUAAAAACGGAAGUCCGUGUAAUCAUUCAACUUCUGGUAUCAUCAUGCUUGGACCUGAUCGAAUUUCCCUCCUUUCUCAAAUGGGUCAAGUAGUAGCCAACAAAUUCUCAUACAGUAUGGUGCCUCAGUUCAUUCCUAAGAAGCCUAGUAAGCUGCAUUUUGGUGAUAGUGCAACUGUUAAGGGUCCUGGUGUCGUCUCGACCCCCUUGGCUCGUGAUCCCGAUAUGUACUUCUUAACUCUUGAAGGAAUCAGUUUAGGCCAGAAGAUUUGAAUUUGAAGAUCACAAAUUGACUUCAACUCCUAACGGCAGCAGUAUAAUCAUCGAUUCUACCUCGCCAGUGGGUGUCCUCCCCCCAAAGUAUUACUCCAAGCUGGAGUCUGAAGUUG